UCGGUGCCUUCCCGGCUCUCCGGUUAGCAGGGUGUGCGGCGCAGCAGCACCCAGGCCAUGACCAGCCGAGGAGCCGCCAGGCCAAAUGGGCAGUCCCAAGCCAGUAAAAUCUGUCAGUUCAAGCUGGUGCUGCUGGGCGAGUCGGCGGUGGGGAAAUCCAGCCUGGUGCUGCGCUUCGUCAAGGGCCAGUUCCACGAGUACCAGGAGAGCACCAUCGGCGCGGCGUUCCUUACACAGUCCGUCUGCCUGGAUGACACAACGGUAAAGUUUGAGAUCUGGGAUACGGCUGGCCAGGAGAGAUACCACAGUCUGGCCCCGAUGUACUACCGGGGGGCACAAGCUGCCAUCGUGGUCUAUGAUAUCACCAACCAGGAAACGUUUGCACGGGCGAAGACAUGGGUGAAGGAGCUACAGAGACAAGCCAGCCCCAGCAUUGUCAUCGCCCUCGCGGGCAACAAGGCUGACCUGGCCAGCAAACGCAUGGUGGAAUACGAAGAGGCGCAGGCUUACGCAGAUGACAACAGCCUAUUGUUCAUGGAGACGUCGGCCAAGACGGCGAUGAAUGUGAACGAUCUCUUCUUGGCCAUCGCCAAGAAGCUGCCAAAGAGUGAGCCCCAGAGCACGAGCGGAGCGGCGGGCAGGAGCAGAGGUGUGGACCUGCAUGAGCAGAGCCAGCAGAACAAGAACCAGUGUUGUAGCAACUAAAGGGCGGCCUCCGCCAGCGCCCGCACGAGAGGAAGAGCUAAGAUAUAACCUCCAUCCCCGUCCGCCACACCUCACCUCCAUAACGGCACACCGAGAAACCCGUCUGAACCAAAACCCUCCCGAGAGCUCCCUCUAACUGCACUUUUUAAUGCUUCAAAACCACCACCAGACACCCAUUCCUACCAUCCCGAAGGCAGUGGAACUAGAUCAGCCGGGGACUUAACUUCCAAA